AUAAUUAGCUUGGAAAUCAAUGAAAAUGUUUUUUAAUGAAAAAAUAAGUUUUUUUUUGAAGUUAAGAAUCCUGUUAAUACAUCGCUUUCUGACAACUGCAAUUUUGUUGUUUCUACCAGCAAAACUUAAUUAAAAAACAUAUACAACCUCUCUGGAAACAACUUAUAUGGUGCAAUGUCAAGGAUACCAGAGAGAAAAUCUAAAUUCAAUCCGGGGAUGUUUAGAGAACACUACAUAGUUGUUAAAGGAGGAUAUUUUUGCCGAUAGGAGUUUUUUCUUCUUUGUUUAUCCAGAUCUGGCGAUGGCAGCCAUAAGACUGAUUUUCAUCUCGAUUCUGCUAGUGGGUAUUGCCUCUGCUAAAAGCUCAGACAACCCUGCUGAUGCACUAGUGAGUGUAAUAAACAGCAAUCGAACUGCUCAGAACUCAUCAAGCUUGACUGAUAAUCCAGGAUUAGCAUGUAUGGCCUUGCAGUACAUCAAAGCCUAUCAAGGACAAUGUGAGGAUGUUGGUCCUAAUGGAAAAAAACCUUUCGCUUCAGAUUUUGCUGAGAAAUUUGCACCCAACUGUGGGGUGGAAGUCUCAACAUUGGGUCCUAUAACAGGCCGUCUAUUGGCAUGCCAAUCAGACUAUUUUAAACCUGAAAAAGCUUUCUCCAAGGUUCUUAUUCAAAAUGAGAGAAGCUUGUCUAUUUUAUAUAAUAAAACCCAUACUGAAGUUGGUGUAGGUGUGCAAGGAACUGAUGGAGGGGGACCAUACUUUUGGUGUGUGCUAUUUAGCAGUGGAAACCCAAAAACAUCCUUCAAAAUCAGUGGAGGUACGGCCAUAAAGCAGAAGACUGGAUGCUACAGUGGAACCAAUGACCCCUGCAGUUCCUCAACAAAAUCUGCACAGUUAUCCAUUUUAAUGGGAUUGUUUCUUCUCAUUCUCACAGGUGCUUUCAUUUCUAUGUCCUGAACCACCUCUGUUAUACCAUAUUGAAAGACUUUUUGCAAGUCCUCAGUCAUUACUCACCAUUUAAUGUGAUUGUAUUUUUUAUCACAUUCUUUUCAAUUUUUCCCACGAUUGUAACCAUGAUUUGGGCACUACAAAGCACUUAUAGUCCCUAUAUUGAAUUUGAAAUAUGAUUUGAUUAACUUA